UUAGAGGCACCAGCAUUAUGGUUCAGCAAGGCUUGUUUGUGGCCUGUCGCUGACCCAGUCGUUUUGCGGCAGCGAAGAAGAAGAGAUUUCCUACCAUUCGGUCUUUGACGAAGGCGCCGUUGGCUCCUGCCGAGCCUGCGGGCACCUACUUAUGGCACCUGCGACACUGUGACCUUCUUACACCUGCACGAUUCUUACGCUUUCGACAGUCUACAUCCACAACACAUAGCCAGCCCUCGCAACCUUUACAUCACCUUGGAGUCAGUAUCAGAGUAUCGUCACUUCAUUAUGGCAUUAGCGUCGCUGGACAAUGUCGUUUUCGAGGGUUAUACUGGUAGCGAUAUCACAACAGACAUGGUCAAAGAUGCUGCGGCCUUGUUCUCGCGGACUUAUGGUGUCUGGUCUCCGCAAGCGGAGACAAAGAUGGGAUCUUUCGCAAAGCCAGGAAACCGUGUGCGCAUGAGUGCCAGCCGCCUGCACGAAGAGUGUCUUCCCAAGGAUGCGGAAAGUUUUCAUGCAAGGGCUAGGACAGGAGAUCAGCUGGUCGGACAUGUGUUCGCGGUACGCUGGAUGAGUGAGGGGCAGCAAGUCUGUUGGGUUACACAGUUAUGCAUGGAUCCAAAGUACCGUGGUCAUGGACUGGCUACCAGACUUCUUGUGCUUGUGCGCCAGAGUAGCGUGGACGCCUUUUACGGUAUAUUGAGCUCCAAUCCUGCAGCAGUUCUCGCCUUCCUGAAAGCUUUUGGUGCUGGCCUUGAGAAGACCAACUUAAAUGUUGCAAAAGAGCAUGCGAAGGUGAUCAUGCAGAGCAGUCCGAUCGGAUAUGUCAAAACAGCCACAUUGCGAGGAAGCUUGUUCGACGAGAAUACAACAACUGGUGCAAUUUGCUGCGCGGACACGAAUUUCUGGGUUGACCACAAGGAGCCCCUGGAGAUACUAGAAGCAGUCAGGCAGCGAGGCUGGCCAUUUGGGGAUCUCCCCGAUGGUCAUGAGUUUCUUGCAUUGAUCACGAGACAAGCAUAGAUUAGCAUCUAAGGAAUGGUCAAGCGCCACAGAAUCAAAGCCAUGGCAAAUGCAGGCAGGAGGGAUGCGGUUCUUGGAAAAGUCUGCCUCAGGAGGUCAGUUGGCCUCUGUGGCCUCAUUACUGUAUGAAUAGUUAGAGCGGCGGCAACAUCAUUCCAUAGAGGGAACACUCAUUUGGAUUUCACGUUCAUCAACUG